AUGGGCGUAACUGUUGACACCUACAAGCCAGGCAAUGGGAAACGAAUUCCGAAGAAAGGUCAAAGGGUCGUUGUUCACUACACCGGUACCCUCAUGGAUGGAAAAAAGUUUGACAGCUCCCGUGAUAGAAAUAAACCAUUCGAAUUUGUAAUUGGGACGGGGAAAGUAAUUCGAGGUUGGGAUGAAGGUAUUAUGCAAAUGAGUGUAGGCGAGCGUGCCUACCUAACUUGUACCCCAGAUUACGCAUAUGGAUCCAAGGGUGUCGACAAAGUUAUCCCUCCAAAUGCUACACUUAAAUUUGAUGUGGAAUUAAUCGAUAUUUUAUAA